GUGUUGUUCUCAGCUGAGUGAGGUCAGUUAAAAAAAUUAGUUGUUUGCUUAUUUGUUGUUAAAAAGUGUGUAAAAGUAGCCAUGAAGAUAUAAAUAUUUCUGCAAUUCAUCAUAUCACCGCGGGUGGUAUUAAAACUAAUUUAGAUAAUCGUGCCAUCAAACCAAUUACGAAAUAUAGUCGCUGGAAGAGCGUUGCGUGCUGCUGAGAGCUUCCCACAAGCCUAUCAAGUUGGGGCGGGGUAGCGGCGAAGACCUAGUGCUCGUGAUCGAUGGGGAACUAAACCGGUAGACAUAGGAAACUUAGGAGUUGCGUGCACCAUAUUGCAUACAUAUGUAUGUAGCAAGAAGUACAAUCUUUUAUCAAGGUCAUUUCAUGCACUUUAUAUGUAAUAUGUUAAUUGCUAUCGGCCAAUGCACGCAAAAUGCUCCCAACGCAACAUGAAAGGCGCUCACUCUUACAAAAAAAGAAACGCCAACAUCCUAAUAAUUCCUCAUCCUCUUCAGAAUCUGACACGUCUGAGGUAGAGCUUAUUGCAGUCGCCUGCAGUAAUGGAGUGCAGCUUGCAGAGUAUGGGCGUACUAAAUCUAAAAUAUCUGUUUCCGGUAUGUUAAAGCCAUCCCGACGACGCUGUCGCCUACGUCCGGUUGCGCGUAUGGUGUGUUGUUUGAUGCUGGCACCAAUAAUAUUAUUAAUGCUGUACAUGCCACUCUAUCCGAAUUGGCAUAUUCAACGGCAAGCUGCGCUACUCGACUGGGGCUACAAUACGUCAAGAAAUAUUGCCGAUUACGUGCUACCCGAUAACAAUACCGUGAUUUUAGAACCUCAACAUGGGUGUAAUACUAAGUUGUUCCUGCUCGUUAUUGUGUGUUCCAGCAUACAAAAUUUUGCGAUAAG